GAGGCGCGAGCUCGAGCUGAUGCAGGUCGCCUGUAGUUCUUUGGGUUUGUGGUCGAUUCCAGUUGUUACCGUUUCAAUUUGUGUAACAUCUGGUUGAAUUUAAAGUUUAAAGAUUGCCUUUAGUAGGAAUUUCAGAUAGCCAGUUAGACGGCUUUUCGUUAACAUGACUUUGCUGCGCUUUAACAUUCUGCGUUUGUCACCUUUAAUAAAGGCAGCUGCGUGCGUUUCGUUGGCUGGUUUUGUAAAUUGCAGUUUUACACAAUUCAUUAUUUAAUAUAAUUUGGUGAUUUAGACAAUCGGCUGCCCGUCAAAACAUGCAGCCGUGUUUAUUUCGAGUAUAUUACAUUUGAACUAGCCAGUUUUCUUUGGUUAAGGUUGCCAGUGGCUUCAUCUGCCUAAUUUUCCCUCGGGUGUCGCUUCUCUCGUGUUUUCCCCAGUUGAAUAAGUAAACAAUAAAUACACCCUAUAGUGUGUAACCUGAAACAGGAAAUGAACGUUUUCGAAUAAAAUCAUUAUGAUAAUAUAAUACUUAAGACGUUUUCUUGUUAUAACAGAAGAACAGGUUUUAUGUAUGGGUGUUAUGAAUAGAUUUUUAAAUUGCUUAUGUAUGAAUGCAUUGUACGUCAAUAUCCACCUAGUAUCUGAAAGUAGUUUAAUUUGGACAUUUGGAUUAAACUGAAACAAUAGUGUUCUGGGUCCAACAUGGAAUCAGGACCCGAGCUGAGUUUGCACCUGGACCCCAAUAGAGAUGACCUGCCCCUUAAGGCAAAUACCAGCCACAUGUUAGUGCGACACUACGUGAUGGACUUGAAGGUUCACUUCGAGAAGAAGGUCAUCAUAGGCAGUGUGGUCCUGUUCUUGGAGGUUGCAAAAGGUGCUGAGGAAAUUCAGAAGUUCUCGGGGGUGGCCAGACAUCAAGAGGCCCCCGAAUCCUUAGACACAGUGCACCUGGGUAAUAAUGGACAGCAUGCUUCACACACAGGCUGUUGUCAUAGUGAUGAUUCAGAGGAGGCUCCCGGGGAAGACAAAAGCAAUGGUGACUUUAUUCUGGUGCUGGAUUGCUGCGACCUGGCUGUGAUGAAGGUGGAGGAGGUGGAUGUGGCCUCUGUGCCGGGAAUGCAAGUGCUACAGGAGACCGGAGGCGAGGGUCUUUGUCCUGCCUGUCCUUCCAUCCCUCUCCUGCAUAAGCUUGUCCAUCUGCCCUCAACAUGCUGGGAGCAGCAGCAUGACCUGUACCGACAGUGCAGCCAGGCCCCAGCUCCUGGGAGAGGGGAGCAAUUCCUCUUCAGCACUGACCGCUGGAGCCUGCAGAUUUGGAAGAGGGGGGUCCGGACUCCCCACUGCUUCCCUCGGUGCAUCAGGAUCUGUUACGAGACCAAGCGUGAGGGAACGUCGGUGAGGUGGACCAAGGACCAGAGUGGCAAGUCUUGUGUUUACACCAUGGGUUCCCCAAUCAACAACAGGGCCCUUUUCCCAUGUCAGGAACCCCCUGUUGCCAUGUCAACAUGGCAGGCCAGGGUGCAUGCUCCCAGUGAAUGUACAGCCUUGCUGAGCGGGGAGAAUGAGGCCCAUCCUGUUCCAGAAGAAAAUGGGUUCUCGCACUGGGAUUAUUAUGUCACAAUGCCAAUGCCUGCCUCUACCUUCACCAUCGCGGUGGGGCACUGGGUGGAGGCCAGGGUGAGACCAGCCCCAGGAGAACCGACAGACUUGUUUUCGGAAACAAAGCCCCAUUCAGGCGAGGGGACCAGUUGGGAUUGUUCUGCUCAACCCAGCAGAGUUUAUCGGAACCAGAACUCGUGCGGAGAAAACUUGGCUGCCUGGAGUGAGGGUGCCAACCUGAAUUGUAGGAUGGAGAAUUCAGGUCUGAGCAACGUGGCGUCAGAGCAGCUCUCUGCAGCCGAGGACUCUUUCCGGACCAGGGUCCUGUGCUCCCACGUGGAUUACCCCUGCCGCUUUACCAGCGCUGCUGCCCUGCUCCAGGAGAUCAUCCCACACCGUGUCUUUGCCCCGUCCCAGCUCCUGCGGGAGGCGGCGGCCGUGCUGCUUCCCCUGCUGCCCCCCUGCCUGGCCGCCGCCCGCGCCGUCCUCGGAGUUCACCCCUUUGCACGCCUCGACCUGCUUGUGGUCCCCGCCGAGUUUCCCAGCCUCGGGAUGGCCAGCCCCCACAUGGUGUUCCUAUCCCAGAGCCUCCUGGUGGGGGGCCCCCAGCUGUGCGGGGCCCGCCUCUGCCACGAGAUUGCACACGCCUGGUUUGGGCUCGCCAUUGGGGCACAGGACUGGACCGAGGAGUGGAUCAGCGAAGGCUUUGCCACCUACCUCGAGGAUGUCUUUUGGGCCCGAGUGCAAAAGCUCUCUCAGUGUAAGGCUGAGGAGCAGUAUCAACUGAAAGCCCUUCUGCGCUGGAGAAGACUCCGCGAUGAGCUGCAGAACUCUGACGAGGAGCUUCAGAUCCUCAGACCCAAUAAGGAAAACACGGGACAAGUCAGCGAAUCAGGGGCCUCUGUGGUGAAACAUGCUCUGAAUCCAGGCAAAACAUUCAUGCAGGUCCACUACCUGAAGGGCUAUUUCCUAUUGAGCUUUUUUUCAAGCAUAAUUGGUGAGGAAGCUUUUCUAAAUUUCUUCCGCCAUUUUGUGAGACAAUACCAUGGCCAGCUCAUUCUCUCACAGGACUUCUUGCAAAUGCUUUUGGACCAUUUUCCAGAAAUAGAGAGACAAGGCCUCACUCUCCAGGUGAUUUACGCCGACUGGCUGGAUAAUCCUGCCAUUCCAGAGCCCCUGUUGCACAGGAGCUCCGCUUGGCUCCGGACGGCAGUCGUGGGAGAAGUCAGACAGGAGGUUGCAAAAUGGAUUCACUUCAGUCGUGGCCACCGAAAGGGCAGCAAGCGGAAGCGAGUGAGGCCCAAGGUGAACUUCAAAGGGGUGAUCCCAGAGCAGCUCGUCCUGCUCCUAGAUCUUCUGCUGGAUGAGCCUGAUCUGUCCCUGACGGCGCUGCGCGCUCUGGAGAAGACCUACCAUCUUCAGGAGAGGGACGCCGAGGUGAGACAUCGCUGGUGUGAACUGGUGGUCAAACACAAGCACACAGCUGCGUACAAGGAUGUGGAACGUUUUCUGCUGCAAGAUCAGGCCAUGGGUGUUUACCUGUAUGGGGAGCUGAUGGUCCACGAGGAUGCACAUCAGCAAGCCCUCGCAAGGAGCUGCUUCUCUCAGGCCCAGGAGGAGAUGGACCCAGCUGUGCGCAAAGUGGUGGAGGAGAUGAUCUACUGAGGGACUGAGGGAGGCAGCAACAUCGAGGAGAAAGCUACAGCUGGUCACUGGUGUUUACACCCUGCAAAAUCACCCUACGGACAAGCUGUCUGCAGGUCCUGUCCAGCGGCACCCCAUGGUGGAGAUAUGUUUUACCGCAAUAAUUUGGUCCUGUCAAGACCAGCAAGACGCCAGCCACUGUGAACAUGCACUGUAGCUGCUGUAAAAGCCUACCUGACUCAAGAUUGUUUGGACCAGAGGAAAAAAUAAUAAAGUUUUCAGGCCAAA